AUGUUUGCGGCCAACCGCGUCGUUCGGGGACUCUCGUCGAUUCCCCUCAUCAUCGUCACUGGUAUUUUCGUUUUUGUAUGGAUUUGCUAUGUGUACAUCUACCUCCACUUGCAACUCGCCGUUCGGGAAAGCAAUACCCAGCUUGCGGCCGUUCUCGGCGUCUUCGGGACGGCUCUAUGGCUCCUCGCCCUCUGGUGCUUCUACGCGUGUGCACUGAGAGACCCAGGUGAAGUUAGCGAUGCCUGGCGCGCAGACGCAACCGCAAAGAAGAUUCCCUUCAUCAAGCUAGAUGGAACAGUCAGCCAGGAAGGGGGAGACAGCCUAACAGGAGACAGCGAGGCGCCUCGGACGCGCCCUCGUCGGAUACGCGAUUUUCAUGCUGGAUAUGCCACGACAUGCGCACACUGCGCAAACGGUCUGAGACCUGAGAGAGCACACCACUGCUCGAUUUGCAACAAAUGCGUCAUGCGAAUGGAUCACCACUGCCCCUGGGUCGGCAACUGUGUCGGGUUCAACAACUACAAGCAGUUUCUUCUCUUCAAUCUCUACUGCGCGCUGGUGUGCACCUUCCUGGGUGCCUCCUCUGCGCCCUGGAUCGUCAACGAGUUCCUCUUCACUUCCCACUCCUCGCGUAGUCAGAGUCUGUCCCCAGGAGUAUGGGGCGUUUUCUUGAUCUCCUGGGUGAUGCAAGUGACGUUCGGCGUUGUCACUCUCGUGAUGUUCCUGACUCACCUUUACUACGUCCUCGUGAAUAUGACGACAAUUGAAGUGCAAUAUCCGUCGGCAAAUCCCUACAACGUCGGCCGCCUCGCGAACAUGCAACAAAUUUUUGGAAAAUUUGAUGGGUCGUGGUUUCUCCCCGUCGCACCCCGACAACCCGUCUGCUCAGGAGAUGUUUUCCCUUACCGAGUCGAUGCUCACUCUCCGCCGGGAGGAGAGACGGCCGUUCCAAGUGUGAACAGCACCAUCCCUGUGGGUUUGCGCGACUUCGCCACCGCCCCGACAACGAGCGUGGAAGACUUGGGGGCGAGUAACGAAGCUGAAGACGCGAAUGGCCAGGCGCAUGCAGGAAACGGUGUUGAAGCUGGAAAACACGAGGGAGAGGGAGCGAUUCCAACGUGCAGAGAAAUACCUGCCGACGCACACGCUGCCGUGCCCGUUGAUGCACAGGUCUAA